AUGGGUGGAGGAAUACCUUUAGAGAAACAAGAUACUUCGAAGAAUUCGUCUAGUGAAAUGGUACAACUGACUAAUAUACUGCCCGAAGAAUUUAUAUUCAACACAAGCCAGCAAGACCAGCUAGAACAACCAAUGAACGGAUCACAAGUUAGACUCGUAUAUUCAAAAAGCAAAGUAUAUGUUCAUCCUAGUAAAAACGACGCGGAUAGCAUUCCUGGAUAUAUUUCUAUUUUUGAACGGUCGCCAAAAAAUUAUUAUUUAGCUUGGACUCCGGAGUCAUUACUCUCGGCUGAACAAUUAGAAACUUAUGUUCAAGUGGAAGCCUUUCCUUGUCAAAUAAAUUCGGAAGAGGACGAAGAUUGGUUGGUUGAAGGGGAAAUUGAUGAUGAUGGACACGAGCUUGGAUCAACAAUAUUAAUAUCUCCACCUGUAUCUCUCACGAAUGUAUCACCUCCAAGUGCGGAAACCUUAUAUGCUACUUCUACUCCGAUCUCUUCUAUUUACUCUAUUGUGGUAAAACUACCCAAAUUUACGCAAUGGUACGGCUCUAUUAUAAUCAAUCUUAUUGGAGGCAACACAUUGCCUGCUUUUGUGUUUCAUGAUGACGAGAGUCGAAGUACAAGACUUCAGCGUAGAAGGCAGGGAAAAGUUUCUGAGCAUACAUACAAUCAGAAAGAGGAGACAAACGAAACAGAACAUAAUACUAUUACAUGGGGAGGUGACGAAGUAAUUUCUUUGCUCAAGAAACUUUGUCAUGUUCAUAGUUCCUCUAUCGAGCCCAACCUAUUUCUAAUAAAUCCAUCGCCUGAAGAUGUAUCUAAUCAUAGUCCGCCUAUUUUAGAUGAUUCUAUGAGCGGAACAAGUGCCUCUGGGACUGAAUCCUCGUUACAAAUGGACUCCUUAACGGCUACUUUCAAAGAAAUUCAAUGGAAUGUUCUUGAAAGGUUUUCCAAGGUAUCACGUUUUACUCGUGAUACAGCAACUUCUAUACUCGAUCAUCCUCUUGCGCGUCCUAUACUUCCACAUCUUCCAGUUGUCAAUUCACUUGUUCAGAAUGAAUCUACUCAGUCCAAUACACAUGACAUACACGAAUUUGAUUUUGGCAGAAUAUAUUUAGCUAAAUGGGCUGCCAUCGUUGCAGAACAAGCUGAAGCUGCCGCCAUAUUAGAGAAAAAAGGAGAAUCUAACAAUUCGCGACCAGCUGCAUUGACUGAUGAUGCAGACUCUUCUAAAUCUUGGGAGGAGGAAACUGAGCUGGGAGCCUUUGAAAUCCUUAGCAGCGACGCAAGUUUACCCCCGAUAAAUCAUACGCGAACCACGCCUUUGAAAGCAGACGAUUGGUUUGUUUUCUUUGACGCAGAAGGACGACUUCAAGUUGAAACCGAAGAAGUUCGAGCUGCUAUAUUUCGCGGAGGUGUAGAAGAAGAUAUCCGUGUAGAGGUGUGGAAAUUCCUUUUAGGAUUAUAUCCUUGGGAAUCAAGCCAGGUUGAAAGAGAAAAUAUAAUGGAAACAAAAUCUCAAGAAUAUUGGAGUCUAAAACGUCAGUGGUGGGAUUCGCCGGAUAUUCACAACGAUGCUGAUUUCCAAGAACAGAAAAAUAGAAUAGAGAAAGAUGUCGUACGCACAGAUCGGACAGUACCUUUUUUUAUGAAUGAAGAUAUUCCUCAUCCUGAACCUUUAUCAUCCUCCUCAAAUUUCACAAAUAAGAAUUUGGAAUUAAUGAAGGAUAUUCUUAUGACUUAUAACUUUUAUAAUACAGACCUUGGCUAUGUACAAGGAAUGAGUGAUUUGUUAGCUCCAAUUUUUGCUGUUAUGCUUGACGAAGUUACCUCCUUUUGGGCAUUUGCUGGCUUUAUGGAGAGAAUGAAAUCAAAUUUUUACCGAGAUCAAUCUGGUAUGCGUCGUCAAUUACUAACUCUCGACCAUUUAAUACAAUUCAUGGAUCCGAGGCUUUAUAAACAUCUUCAAAGGACCGAAUCCUUGAACCUUUUCUGUUGUUUCCGUUGGCUUUUAAUAUGGUUUAAACGCGAAUUUAAAUGGGAUGACGUACCGCGUCUUUGGGAAGUUCUUUGGACUGAUCACUUGACAGGCCAAUUCCAUAUAUUUAUCGCGUUAGCUAUUUUGGAUAAACAUCGUCUAGUCAUAAUGGAUCAUCUUCACAAUUUUGAUGAGAUUCUAAAGUAUAUUAAUGAUCUUUCGAUGACCAUAUCAUUGGAGGAAACCUUACGUCGUGCAGAAACGCUCUUCUAUCAAUAUCAAAGAAUGGUCGAAGUUAUUGACCGAAAACGAUUAGAAUUAGGACAGCAAGCGGACAAUAACCAAAGUGAUGAGGGUUUACGUAAAAGAAAGGGCAAAGAGACAGAAGGUGAAAAUAAGUCAACGGAGUCAAAUUCUAAACUCCCGGUGGUGAAUGACUUACUAAGAAGUUUAUUAAGUAAAGAAUAUAUUACACUAUAG